AUGGCCUUCCAAUUCCCCUCAUUCACUAGAAUCUUGCACCACGAGCCCUACGAUGCAAUCUCACCUCUUCGUCCAGACCUCUCAGUCAAAGGCAAAACCGUCGUCGUCACCGGCGGCGGAACAGGCAUAGGUAAAGCCAUCGCCAAAGCCUUCGCACAGGCCGGAGCCUCCUCGAUCGCCAUCGUCGGUCGGCGUGAAGAGAGGUUGAAAGAAGCCGUCAAGGAGAUAUCUUCUGCGGUUGGCGACGAGACCCAAAAGAUCUUCUACCAGGUGGCGGACUUGACCGAUCGAGACGCCACCAUCGAAGCCUUCGAAUCCAUCGUUCAGACUCAGGCUGCUCCCAUCGAUAUCUGCGUCUCCAAUGCCGGUACGACGCCAAAGCCCGGCCUCGUUGCAGACGUCGCACCGGACGACUUCAUGAGUCUGGUCAAUGGCAAUGUCCUCUCAACUCUCAAUACAGCGCAUGCUUUCCUUCCCCGCGCCUCCAAGAAAGACGCAUUCUUCUUGAACACUUCAACGGGUCUCGUGCACAUGCUCCCCCGACCAGGCAUCAGCGCCCACGCAGCGAGCAAAGCCGCGAGCGCGAAACUCGUCGAGUACGUCCAAGCCGAAAACCCAGAGCUGCAUGUCGUGAGUCUGCAGCCGGGCAGUGUCGCCACUGAGGCGACAGCGAAUAUGAAGGUUCAGGGCAAGGACAGUCCUGACCUCCCGGGCCACUUCUGCGUCUGGCUCGUAUCGCAGGAAGCCAGCUUCCUCAAGGGCAAGUUCGUCUGGGCGAACUGGGACGUCGAGGAGUUGAAGGAGCGGGCGGAGGAGAUUCGGGAGUCGAGGUUGUUGACUAUCAUGUUGGAGGGGAUGGAUGUGUAG